AUGGACGCCAACGAGGCGAACAACCAACACGCGGAUCCUGUCAACCGACCGCCCGCUUCUGUCCAACCGAUGGGUUCGUGUUUCGCUAGUUUCACCACACUUUCAUCGUUUUUCUUCAGAAUUUCCGCCGAGAAUGGGCGAUUUUAUGCCGGCUUCCGUGGCGACGACAGGUGGGUUCCAAGUUGAGCACGGGGUUCCAAACGCUACCUGGCCUAUGAGAGCUGGCACCGUGCCAACCGCCAUUUCCGUCGAACGCGUUGCGGCCAGUGUAGCGUGCGUAGCUUUUGAACCUCAUUGCCAUUUUGUACAUGUAGAAUGCGUUAAAAGUGAAAUUGAUAGUAAGUGUUAAAGUCGAGUCGCUGAAACAGAAUUUUCGGUUUCAAAGAACUGACAUGCGGUCACGCUUCAAUCUUUGUUCCGAAUCUGAUAGUGAAACCGAGUCCACUACACUUCAUUUACAUGUGAUGUUCAGACAGACACCAAAUCCACAAUCAGUUCCAUUAUCCCCACGCGCCACCACCGCCGGUCCAAGCACAUAAUUGGUCCAACUCGGCACCAAUGGACCGAAGACCGGCAACGGCCGCCCCGAACGGUGAGAGACGUUUGCAAGUUUUCUAGUUUAGCUCCAUGUUUUCGUUUUCAGGCCGACCUCCGCAAUCGCCCGCGCCGGAUUCACUAAUGAUGCAACAUCAAGGUAGGGUAUUUGACACAUUCAGGGCGUUCACGUACGUAUUUCUGUUUAGGACACAUGCACGGAGCGCAGUUUGGCGGUUCUUUCCAACCGGGACCGUUUGGACGGUUCCCACAGCCUUUUCCGUCGCCGGUCAUGGCUCCGGGUCCGGCUCCGGUCGAAAUGCUCAACCGCGCACCGGCUUCAGUUCAAGUUCCACGUGAGUUCAUUUUCUCAAGGUUUCAGAGACUUAAAUAAAGGCUCACCGUUUCAAAAUUAGUCCACUUGUGGAACACAAUCUCAAUCAAACUUUUAGCUAACCACCAGUUCCACUUUGCCGGUCCUUUCAAUCCGGGCCCAUUCGGCCAGCUCGGCAUGGACAAACGUCCGGCCUCCGUCGCUCCAAAUGGUGAGCGAAGUGUUUGCAAGUUCUAAUUUAGUUUUAUUUGCGUUUUCAGGCCAUCACCAGCCUAAUCCGUACCAACAACCUCUUCCGUCGCCGGCUCCGGCUCCGCCCGCAAUGCUCGACCGUCCGCCGGCCACCGUUCACGGUUGGUUAUUCAGUGAAACUAUCUCUAGGGACCGCAACGGGUUUCGCAAAACUCCGAAUUUCCAUAAAAUUUUUAAUGGAAUGUGUUCCCCUACUCUAUAUGAGUACGCUCCUAACUUUUUUCUCGAAAAUUUUCGGUACAUCCCGAGUUAUACUCCUUCAAAGUUGCCCUCUUUUCUCCCCGAUCGGUGGCCGAGGAGGGGGCGGAGUCUCGCUAGCAAGUUUGCCGCACGCGUUUUUUCUCCUUAUCUGGUGGACCAAACCAAAGAGUCAACAUUUUAAAUGAACAGAAAUGAUGUUCUAAAAAAGCAAAGCAACUUUUGAGGUCAAAAGUUUCGAACCCGACACCUCAAAAUAGCCGAGCGAGCACUCUGCCACUGCGCCAACCGGGCGGAGGCGCGCUCACCGCCAAUCGCGUUGAAAAGCUCGGUGUGCGCGGCCCCUUACAGGGGUGAAGUUAGUGAAUUUUCGCGCUGAAAUUCGAUAGUCUAUAUCCAAGACACCGUUGUGAUUGUUCAGCCAACCACAAGUUCGCUCAUCCUCCGGCCUCUCCAGCACCAAACUUUGGCGGUCCCGGACAGUUCGCACCGCCCGGAAUGGACAUUCGUCCCGCAUCUGUCGCUCCAAAUGGUCAGUGAAGUGUUUGCAAGUUCUAAUUUAGUUUCAUACGAGUUUUCAGGCCACCCUCCGCCCUCUCCCGCGCAGGCCCCACAAAAUCUUCAACGCCACGGUUUGUUUUCUAGAUGAUUAGCCUUUCAUGUACAUUUUUCUGUUCAGGACACAUGCCCGGACCGUACUUUGGCGGUCCCUUAUAUCCGGGACCACUUGGACCAGCCGGAAUGGACCACCGUCCGGCCUCUGUCGCUCCACAUGGUGAAUGACGUUUUGGAAACCGAAAAAAAAAUCAUUUUUAUUCAUACACCGUCUUUUUUCAGGCCACCGCCACACGUCUGCUCAGUUCGGACCCGGAAUGACGCACUUCCGUGGUCCCAUGCCUCCCGGUCCGUUCGGAUCACAGGGAAUGGAUCAAAGACCCGCGUCAGUGGCUCCGAAUAGUGAGUAACGUACAAGUUCUAGGCAUACGCAAUACAACGAAUUGUGGCUAGUGAUGAAAUGAUCUUACUGAAACCGUGUUGUUUGUUUUAUGUGACUUUUUCAGGCCACCGCCACCCACAUCCGUUCCAAACUUCGGUUCAAGCUCCAGGUUAGUCUUUCAGUUUUCCCAAAACUUUCAGACAUUGUAUUGUUUAGGCCCGCGAGGUCAUCAGCAUGGUCCCCCAGAGUUUACGAGACCGGACAUCGAUAGAAAACCCUUCGGUAGACAAUAGUUUCACGUUUGAAUUUGAUUAAGAUGCUUCUUACAUUCCAGAUGAGUUGUUUGCAAAACCAGCCGAUCCGGCUCCGAUUCCAUGUGCUCACGGUAAUCUGAUAGUGAAACUUUGAGCCGUUUCAACUGUAACUCUCUAAUUUCAGAGGCCCAAAUCGAGCAGUUGAAGAAGAAGGUGGAAACGCUUGAAAGAGAGCAGGAGUUGGCUCAGCAGAAAGCGCACGAAGCGGAAAAAAGUGAGCGACGAUUCCCAGCCACAAUUGCUUUGAGUUUUCAGGCCGAUGCGACAAGCUAAUUGAAUAUGAGAUCAGGAAAAUGAAUAGGGAGUCGGACGAAAUGAUGGCGAUGAGAAGAAGAUGCGAAGAAUUGGAGGCGGAGAACGGAAACUUGAUGAGAAUGUUGGUGCAGAAGGAGACGGGUACGUGUUCGAUCCGUUCUUGAUUCUGUGACACUGGGAACACGAACAAAACUAGGCCAUUUUUAGCGACUUCUUAUCGUCCUCUUCGUGAAUAAAUUUCAUGUAAUCACGGCGACCCCAAAAGUGUAGAAAGGGGACUUUUCUGAAAAUUGCCGCAAUUCCAGCACUUUUGCGAUAUUUUUGUGUUUGAUGUCGAUGAAAGAAGAGCACAUUAAAGAGAGAAAACAUUGAAAUUUUCGUGAAAACACCGCGUUUGAGACGUUUUUGGCGCAUUUCGCAAUACGCCCUCCGCGGCCAAUCGCCGCCGCAAUUUCGGAAUUUUCAUACCGGCCGAUCUGGAUAGUUUUGAGACGAAGUGAGUGUCGGAAGUGAUUAAGCACUUUAAUACAGGUAUUUUAAGCGUUCAAACGGCAAAAAGUAUCGGCGAAUGACUGAAAUUCGCGCAUUUUCAGCACAAAACUGGAAAAUCGCAUCAAUUGAUUCAUUUCUGAAUGAAAACUGCUCGUUUUAAGCUCAAAAAGUUUAAUAAAGUUAUUAUGCAAUUACAUCGUUGAUAUCGUACAAAAUUUGGGUAAUUUUUGUUACGAAAAACAUGAAAAAUGGGGUUAAAUUUCGAAUUUCGCGCCAAAAUGGUGAUAUAUGUAUAACUAGUGCAGAGUUGAUCAACAUGAUCUCUUCUUACAAACUUGGCGAAACAGUCUUUCCCUCGUUUCAGUCACCUCGGAGACCCAAACGGAAGGCUCCUAUCCGCCACACUUCGUGCUCCUCCCGUCACCGUCCGAGCUGGAGCAGCAACAACAUUCCGUGUAUGUGCUCCCUCCGAUCGAAGAGCCGGCGGCUCUGGAGAGAGCGCGUGGAGAGCCGGUCCCGCAAGAGUUUGUGAUCGAGGAACCGGUUGAGGAGGAGGAGGAGGAGGAGGAGGAGGAGAUGGAUAUGAAGAUGCCGCCACUCGUGCAAUUCUUCAACGGACUCUCGCCUCUGAUGCGUCCGCCGAUCGUGCAGCCAGUGUCCGGUCCGAUCGUCCUGUCUCCAGCUCCUCGACUCGAGAGCUCAUCUGGUAACGAUGAUCCGAUGCGUGAGCAGUUCCAGAUGACUUUGGCGAUGUGGGAGAGAAGAAAGGAGGAGUUCAAAAUGCGCAAUUUCAAAGGUGAGCGGUGAGCACAGCGAGAGCUCAACGAAUCGCGACCGCUUUCCAGACAUGACCACCUACUUCUUCGACCCGAAAGGCCGAAAAGUCGUGCCUCAGGUCGUCGGCCGCCUCACCAACUCCUACACGCUCUUCCAACAGUACUACCGGUACAAGGAACGAGACGAUUCGCUUCGUAAGUCGCCUUGUCUCAACUAUUCCUUGAUCAGAACCUAGCCGUUUCACGUUUCUCUUCACGGAUCCGUAAAACCGCUAAAGUUAGAACUCAUUUAGAUAGCUAGAAAGUUUUCAGCAAACAUGUGGAAGAAUCUGAGCAAGAUGGCCAAGAACGGAUGGUCGGAUGAGUGGAAGACCGCGCGGAAGAUCCAGUCGAUUCAGUUGGCCGAGAAAUGGAUCCGUCUGAAAGAACCGGACGAGCCGAAGUCGGUGCAGAACGGACCGACCAAACCAAAGGUCAAGUACAGCUACAGAAAGAAUAGGAAGACCUAA